AUGGUAUGGGUUCACUUUCCAGGGCUUAGUUUGGAGUAUUGGGAUGAAGAAACUUUAUUUACUAUUAGUAGAGCAAUUGGUGUUCCUAUCAAAGUUGAUGCAGCUACUUUACAAUACCAAAGUGGAUAUUAUGCAAAAGUCUUGAUUGAGAUUGAUUUAGCUAAGACAAUUCCUAAAAAACUAUGGAUAAUUACUAAGUUUGGAGCAUUCUCUCAGGGUGUCACUCUUACUAAACUCCCUAAAUUUUGUAUUAAAUGCAAAAUUCUGGGUCACUUAACUACUGAAUGCAGAGCUUCACAACAAUCUUCAAAAGCAGGCAGUUCUAAUCAGGUUGAGAAGGUAAUUACUAUUGAACAACAUCAAAGUUCUCCAUCCUCAAGUUUGAUGCCUCCUGAGCAGCAGAACUUCAGUCAUCCUCAUAACUCUUGUAAUUAUACUAAUCCUUCAAUCAAUUUAGACAUGGAUAAACUUGUCCAUGAUCCUCAUAUUUCUAUCAAAAAUCAUUCAACUGAAGUUACUGAGAUAAAUACUGAACUGAAUGUCAUUAAUUCUACUGUUGGUAUCAAUGUUACAAAUAACCCCUUUGAAGUGUUACACGAGAAUGAAAAUGAUCUUACAGAACCUGAAGAUGGGGAAAUAAAGGAAAUUAAUACUGCCAAUCUUUUAGAAUUUGGUACUAUCCCUCAAAAUAUUACUAUUAUUCCUAAAAUUUCGACUAUCUCUCAUCCAAGUGAUGAAGUGGGCUCUUCUAAAUCUUCAAAGAAAAAGCCUCCUCUAAAACCAGCAGUAGUCACUAGAAAAGCUAGUAAAGAAUCUCUUAAGCAUGUGAUUGAUAAGGGGAGUCUAUCUCCUCAACCACCACCUUUUAAAUGA